AUGGGGAAGGAUUACUACAAAAUACUAGGGGUGGACCGCGAGGCCACGGAGGACCAGCUUAAGAAAGCGUACCGCAGACUGGCCAUCAAGUACCACCCGGACAAGAACCCGGGAGAGAAGCAGGAGGCGGCCACAGAGAAGUUUAAAGAGGUGUCUGAGGCCUACGAUGUGCUGUCAGACCCAGACAAGCGCAAGAUCUACGACGCCUAUGGCGAGGAGGGCCUGAAGGGCGGCGCCCCGCCCCCCGGCACCCCCGGCGGCGGCUUUGCCGGCUUUGCCGGCGCGCCCGGCGGCGGCGGAGGCGGAGGAGGAGGGGUGUAUCAUGGCAUGGAUGAUGAGGCGGCCCGCAAGAUUUUCGAGAGCCUGUUUGGCGGCGGGCUCGGGGGCAUGUUUGGCGGCAUGGGCGGCAUGGGAGGCGGAGGGAUGGGAGGCGGAGGCGGCGGCGGCGGGCCCCGCCGGCAGCCCGCGCUGCCUGCCCUCCCUGCGCCCGUACCGCUGGCGCUCACCCUGGAGGAGCUGUACAGCGGCUGCACCAAGCGGCGCAAGGUCACCCGCAACAUCGUGGACGGCGCCAGCGGCAAGGCGGUACCGGUGGAGGAGACGCUGGAGAUACCCGUGAGGGCCGGGUGGAAAGAUGGCACGCGGGUCACCUUUGAGGGCAAGGGCGACGAGGUGCCGGGGCAGCCGGCGCAGGACAUUGUGUUUGUGGUGCGCCAGAAGCCGCACCCCGUGUUUGCCCGGGAGGGCGACGACCUGGUGACCACGCAGCGCAUACCGCUCAGCAAGGCGCUGGGCGGCGGCACAAUCGACAUCCCCUCGCUGGACAACCGAGUGCUGCGGGUGCCCCUGAAAGAGGUGGUGCGGCCCGGGUAUGAGCGCGUGGUGGUGGGAGAAGGCAUGCCCAACAGCAAGACGGGCGCCAAGGGCAACCUGCGGGUUCGCUUCGCCCUGGAGUUCCCCCGCAAGCAGCUCAGCGAGCAGGAGCGGGCGCAGCUGGAGGCGAUGCUGAGAGACAAGAUGUGA